AUGGAUAUGGGUAGUGUAACAGACGCGGCGAUAGCGUAUGGGGAGGCUUUUUGUGUGAUAGCCAAAGCAGAAGCCCAUCCAGCCGUCAAUUUGGGUAGAAAUUAUAAUGCAAGUGAACGAUGGCAUGUUUGUCUGGGUUAUGUGGCAGACACCAAGUUGCGACGAGUACUAAACACAUGUGAUGACAUUCCUGUAGUUGGUGUGGUGCGAGAAAGCGUGUGUGACGAUUGUGUGCGAGGCAAGAUGGCAAACUGUCUAAUUGUCAUAGAUCAGGAGGACAGUGAAUUCGACCAGUCCGUUCGAGAUUGUGCACACGAUAAUCGUGGGUCCGAAGAAGCCAGAGCCCAUUGA